UACGUCCAUAUAUUUCUUCUCUUUGGUUCCUAAAUUAAACCUUUCCCUCUUCGCCUAUCAUAUUUAUUUAUUAUUCCCACCAUAAGUAUAAGUCUAGAGCCACCCCAAAGACUCUUCAGUCUUGAAAGAAAAUAAACAAAGAGAUCGAUCGAAAGCCAUGGGUUUAGCCUCCCAAAGCGAGCUACCGUUCAACGAGAACGAUCCGCAAGACAUGGUUAUAUAUCAAGUCCUGAACGAGGGCUUGGCUACCAACGGCUCCUCUGCACAGCAAAGGCACCAAACCAAUGGGUCGGGCGGCCAUCAGCUGGAACCGACGCGGACCAUUGGCAAGAAACACUACAGAGGCGUGAGGCGCCGGCCGUGGGGGAAAUACGCUGCGGAGAUUCGUGACUCGGCUCGACACGGUGCGCGCAUAUGGCUAGGCACGUUCACAACCGCUGAAGAAGCUGCCAUGGCUUAUGACAGGGCAGCUUUUAGGAUGCGCGGCGCCAAAGCCCUCCUUAACUUCCCGGCCGAGGUGGUGGCUGCGUCGACCGCCGGCAGCUUGCAAAGAUUUCAUCCAAAUAAGCUGCAAGACUCGGCAGAUUCUUCAAGUGGUAGCUCUAGCUCUAGCACCGUCGGGGAGGCUCAAGACAAAUAGCUAGUCAUAGUUUUUUCCAAAAACAGAUAGAGACAACUCAACAUGAUCAAAACAUUCAUGUUUUUCACCAUGUAAUACAAGGCUAUAGAUAGAUGCAUGUUUGAAGGUUUGUAUUUUUUGUACAUAAGAGGGUGUCUAGCUAGUACUCACAGAGUUUGUGUCGCUGAUUAAUUUGCCUGCAUGCUUGCAAAUUGUAACAAACGCACAAAUGUACUGGAAAAAUUAUCUUAUUGUUUUGUGUUGUAAUAAGAAGAAGCUAGGAAGGCCUUGAGGGCCUGAGGCCACAGAAAUUAAUAUGCAAGAAGGUGAUCAUGGCUUCAAGAAAUUAAUGUUUGUCAACAAGAAUCAUCAAAUCCAAGCCCAUUUCAAUCUAAUAAUAUGCUUUUGAUAUUUUGGGUUAA